AUGGCAACUUCAUUCGCCGAUGCGGGGCCAUUGGACGAGUACUUUCGGGAUGAAAUCGAAUCAAGCAACGAGCAACGACCUGUUCAAGGUCAAAAUCUAGAUAUGGAGAUGGACUUGGAUAAUCAGACCAGAAGAAGUUCAGGCUUAUCAGAUGAAUCGGGUGAUAUCACAUUGGUGGAUCGUUUAUCGCUCUCACCCAAUACCUUGAAAGGAUGGACAGGUUCAUUACCCAACUCAGCUGGUCCAAGUAACACAUCCAACAACGCCGUACCUGGGAAAUUUCCUUCUCCAAGUAGAUUAUCAUUUUCCGACGAGACGUUUGCCGAGAAGUUCAGAUAUCUCAUUUGUUCGAGUGGAUUGUUGGAGAAGGAUUAUGUACCUGCUUUAAGUGGUGGGCUGGAGAGUGAAUUAGGAGACGAUAUACCUGACAAUAAUGAAGAGACGUGGAAAGUGUUAGAAGGGUGGAUACAGAAAGGGAAAGAGAGAUGGGAUCUCGUGUUGGCUAGUAUAGCAUUGAUGGUGGGGUUGAUGAUAAGUUUGGGUUUGUGGACGAUAUUGGGAUUGUCAAGUGUAGGAAUACUCUUCAUGGGGUGGUACAAGGGACUGGUACCUAUAUCAAAAGAUAUAUCGAACAAACCCACCACCUCUUCGGACGAUAACACUCCUCAAUCAGCUGCUCUCGCCUCUCUCACAAAUUUCAUCACCCAAUCCCAAUCUCUCAAUAACACUCUCUUAUCUUCCUUAUCCCUCCUUGAACCUCAUCCCUACAAUCUAUACACCCACAACCCUCUACGAGUUGCACUCCAUCGAUUCACCGGCAACAUGACGGAUCAUCUCGCAACAGCCACAUCGACACUCUUAGAACUCACAGAUCGAAGAGAAUUGGCCGUCCUAGGCGAGAUGUAUGACAUUCCCGUUGUUGGGUCUUUCUUCUAUUCUCGAGGUAGAAGGCAUCACAGCAUAACGGAUUCAUCAAGUGAAGAAGAGUACGACCAACCCAUACCCGUUCAUCGACCUGCUUUACCACAUCGUCCCUCAUCACACCCAUCUCCACAAAAGCACAACCACGCUGCUCACAGUUCCACUUCCUCUCUUCCUGCCUAUGCGGGUCCAUCGUCUCUCAAGAAAUUACCCAGCGCUCAAAGGUUUUCGUUCAGCUCUUCGCCAGGUGGAGAUGACAGAUUCACUCAUUUACCGGAUAAGACGCCCAGGUUGUCCAAAAGAGCCAGCGUGGAAAGAUUAAGGGAUACAUGGUCGCAGUCACCAAGAUACGAAAGACCAAAGCAUGAAAGAAGAAUAACGGAAGCUGAUGAAGAAGCUGAGAAUGAAGAUACUACCACCACUUCGGUUCAAUCGAUGUCAAGUGAUGACAAUACACCGGUUAAGCUGGACAGACGCGAUUCUAGAUCGGAUAAUCAAAUUGGAUCGACGGUAAUAUCACCCAAAUCACCUCCGGCUGGCGGUCGAGCAGGUCUAGGAGUGACCAUCCCACGUACACCAAUACUGACUCGGGAAACACCCCGUGGGUCUUCUGCUUCACCAUUCAGACAUAUCCCAUCACCAUUGUCAAGGAGAUUAUCAAAUGCCAGCGAACGUCUUCAGCCCUUACGUACAGCUGCAAUGUCCACACCCUCUAGAUCUCUUCCAGGAUCAACGACUUUGCUACCUUCUCCAUUCAUGAGUGAUCCAAGUUCGAUUUCCGAUAUCGUACCACCCUCUUCAGCGCCAUUACGAGCUGUAACUUCCCUUGAUCCUCUUUUGUCUUCCUCUGAAGCCGGUGCGAGUGGUAACCCGAAAAGAAGAAGUUUACAAAAUAUGGUAUAUUAUCAUUCAUCCGAUGAGAAUGACCCUCAUCAAAGCUUGAGUUCUGGUCCUUUAUCGGCUGGAUUGACCAGAACUAGAUCAAUGCCUUUAUCGGAUUUACAAGCUUUACGAAGUGCUUCUACUGCUGGAGGUGGAGGUGGAAGAUCAAGAAGGUCAUCGUUGAACCCUUCUGCCAUCCGAUCAAGUAUAGGUCUCGGAAUAGGUUUUCCAACAGAUGUAGUAAACAAACGAUCAAGUCUCACUACCUUACCUCCUCCAUCACCUGAACCAUCCUUGAACCUCAACUUGAGACGUGUGGAGAGUAUAUCUCCAUUGACUACUCCUUCACUUAAGGCUAGUUGUUUGGGUAUACAUCUCAAGAGACGACGAAUGACUUGUUGUUUGUUAGGAUUGAAAUUUAGGGAAAAUCAAGAUGAUAGUUAUUGGAGGGACGUUAAGGGGAUAUUGGAUGAUUUGGUUUUGGGUAUGAUAGAAGAGAAGAAAAUUUUGGAAGACGUAUUAAAAGAUUCUGAGCGAGAAGAAAGAAUUAUCAGAUUAUUAAAUUCCGACAAACAUGAACAUCCCAGAAAUAAUGAUAAUGGUUUAUCGGAUAUUUGGUCACCUUCGCCUAUCGAAUCUGUCUUCCCUGAUCACAAGAGAGAUUACGCGCCGAAGACGCCGGAUGAAGUUCUGUUAAAUGAACAUAUGGAUAAAUUGGCUCAGGCUUUAAUAGGCAGUUGGAAAGAGUUAUCUAAACUUAGAGAAAGUCUGGGGUCUAACAGGAAAGAGGGACAGGGGUUGGGGUUGAUGGAUGGUUGGAUUGGAGUCAGGAGUAGAUUAGGAGAUGGGAUCAGGGAAUGGGAGAGGGGCAAGGAAGUGAUACUGAGAAUGACUAGUCAGAAUCGGGGAAGUGAUAAUGUUCAAGUGUCGUCAUCGACGGAAGAUGAUCAAGGCCAAAACGUGGAGCAAGAGAAGGAUGUACGACAGUCAACAUCUCCGUUACCUGAAUUUAUGAAAUCAUGGACAACCACCGACGACGACGAAAAUCAAGAUCGAGGAUCAGCCGAUAAAAGUUUUGAAGAUGCGGAAGAACCUUUACCACCUGUGGGGAAAGAUCUCAUCUUCGAGGCGACAUCCAGUAUACCUCUAAAUGAAGAUAAAGUAUUGCUCAGUAAGAUGAGUAGAGAAGAUAGGAUCAAACUUACCAAACAAGCUAGAGAGAAAGGUAUAUCGGUAGUGGAACUGCUCAAAGAUCGAAAUGGUCUUGGUGAUCAGAAAGAGAAAGAUGUAAGGGAGAUGAAGAUUCGGAGUGGACAGGUGGUCGAUGAGUUGAGGGGUGUGAUUGGGAGUAUUAGACGGAUGAAGGUUGGAGAUUUACCUGGGGAAGAUGGACUGUCGAUGAUCGAUGGACAGACAAAUGGAACUGGUGUGAGGAAUGUUGUCGAAGAAGGUUCACUUAUGCCAUCAUUGCCAAUCCCACUUCCUCUUUCCGAUCGGCAGUUGAACGAGAAUAUUGUCGAGCAUCACAUCUCACAAGACCAGGAUGACCUUGUGAAGAUGCUCGCCAAUCCAGUGAACCGACACGACCACGAUGAUAGGAAGGACGAACAAAUAGAUCAAGAUUAUCAAAUACGCCUCACACGAACAUCAAAAUUAACGAACCCACAAGAUAAUCAGGACGCUCCUAACGGUUUCAAUAGUAGAUUCAUGUUGGAUCUGAGUGAACUGAAAAGAAACAUACGACCAAUAAAGAACAAAGAUAGUGAUGAGGACAUGUCGGAAUAA